ACCGCUAGAUGGCAGCAUUGCGCCGGAGCGUUCUUUGAAACUCAAGAAGAAGAAGCGUAUCUCCUCUUCCUUUCGGAGGCAUGUGUUCCGUCUUAUCUAUCCUUUACUUGGGUUGAUUUUUUUUUUGUGUUCUAUUUCGCUUCCGAUUCUGGAAGAUGGACUUCGAGACGGGCAGGUCGGAGGUUCUUCAACUUCUGAGCAGACUAAGUCCGUCAGAGCUGCCGAAGCUCCUGGACUGGAUGAAAAGCUCAGAUGACCUGGAUCACCUGGUGGACGACAACAACAAGGUGAUCCUGCUGAGCAUCGCAGACGACCUGAGGGCACAGCUGCCUCUGGACGCCAUGCUGCCCUCAGAGACCGCCGCCCAUCUCAAGAUGCAGCAGCGUGCAUGCCCCACCGUGCACGUGGACAGCUUCCUGUACUCUGACGAGCAGGUGGACUCUCUGUGUGAGGAGGGGGCCAUGAGCAGAAACUACUGCCUCCGAUGCGGAUCCACCCAGACCGCUCCUCUAGCCUUCAUCUCUCACUCGUUCUCAGCGACAGAGCUAAAGUUCCUGUUCCAGAACGUUCUUCCAGACCUGAGUGGCCAGACGCUGGUGGACGUCGGCUCCAGGUUGGGGGCGGUGCUAUACGGGGGUUACGUGUACAGCUCAGCCUCCAGGCUGGUUGGUGUGGAGCUCAGUGAGGACUUUGUCAGGAUGCAGAACGAAAUGCUGCAGAAGUACAAGAUGACGGACAGAGUCCAGGUUCUCCACACUGAUGUUUGCACACAAGAUGUUCUGCUGCAGAACGCAGACGUGCUGAUCAUGAACAACGUGUUUGAAUACUUCAUGGAGCCCAGCGAGCAAGUCAGAGCGUGGAACUUCAUCAUGCAGAACUUCAGGAGGACAGGAUGUCUGCUGGUUACUGUCCCCAGUCUGCAGGAGAGUCUGGACGCUCUCCAGAUUCAGUUGCCGCCGGGAUGGCUGGAGGAGCUCCCUGUAGAUCACAACGUGUACCUGGGAAAAGAUUCAGACCCUGAAAGCCUCGCACUGAUCCACCUGUACAGAGUCAUGUGACCGGGGACAGACACACCUGAGAGACACCUGUGAAAGUAACACGUGGAGGGUCAUGUGAUCGAGGACGCUUAUACCUCAGACACACCUGUACAGGGUCAUGUGAUUGAGGACAGUUAUACCUCAGACACACCUGUACAGGGUCAUGUGAUCAAGGACAUUUAUACCUCAGACACACCUGUACAGGGUCAUGUGAUUGAGGACAUUUAUACCUCAGACGCACCUGUACAGGGUCAUGUGAUCGAGGACGCUUAUACCUCAGACACACCUGUACAGGGUCAUGUGAUCGAGGACAUUUAUACCUCAGACACACCUGUACAGGGUCAUGUGAUCGAAGACAUUUAUACCUCAGACGCACCUGUACAGGGUCAUGUGAUCGAGGACGUUUAUACCUCAGACACACCUGUACAGGGUCAUGUGACACAUGACAAUCACACCUGUGUGACGUCAAGUGACCAAGGACGAUUGCACCUAUUUCAGGUCAUGUGACUGUGGAGGGUCACCCCUCAGACACACCUGUACCAUCCACCGAGGACAAGUAACACAUGUGCAGGGUCAUGUGACUGAGGAACGGCACACCUGUGGAAUGUGGUUACCUGUAGACAGACGCUCAGAUAAUAUAAACUGCUUUUAUUACUCAAUUAAGAUCACCAGUAUUAUUUUUUACACUCUUUUGUUUUGCCUCUUCACCUGAUCUGAAAUUCAGUCAAGUCUGAUUUAUUUGUUAAUAUGUGAAUGUACCUGAUAAAUAAAGCAUAUUAUUGUUGGUAUACCAGACAUAUGUCAGCUCAACUUCUUUGCAGUAAAAUAAAUAAAUAAAUAAUAAUACUUGAAAAUUUGUUUUUGUACAGUUUUGGGUUGAUUGUGGAAUUAUUGUGUGAAAUAAUCAAAGAAAUGCUGGUAAAAAAACAAAAGUUUAGAGUUUUACUAAAAAGAUGGGUCAUUGUCAUAUAAAACAGUUUUAAAUGUAAAUUAAUAAAGGAAAUUAUAAAGUAAAAAAAAA